AUGAACCAGGAAGCUGAGGGGGACAGUAGUAACCAUCAUUACGAGAGCAAAAAUACGUUCUACUCCAUCGCUUCCGUAACAUCACCAGCUGCACCAGCUGUUCUGCCAUCAGCAACCAUCUCGCUACCUAACAACUAUCAAGCUUCGCUCGCAGAACUGUCCUCCAGCACUGCAGCUACAACAACCGGUAUCAGCUCGAACGAGACAAUCAGCGAGUGCAAAGGGCGAAAUCGUACCGACCCGGGCGAUAAACCUAGCUCCUCAAUCGUUGCUAGCGUUGGUGGUGAGGAGGAAGGAGAGGAGGAGGAGGAAAAAGAAGAAGCGACACUAGGCGAGUAUAGCGUCAACGAAGCAGCCGUGUCGGAGAAAACCAAGCGUCGUAACCGGAACCAGAAGCGACCGAACGAAACGGAGAACCAUCGGUCGGCUACCGGCGAAAGACGAACGGGUAGCUCGGGUACAGGCGGGGCGGAGGCGGGAUCGGGGCUGGGGAUCGGUUUGGAACCGUCCGGCAGCUCGCUGCUACCGGAUCUGUCGUCUCUCAGCGGCGACACGCAAAGCAAAGAGCUGACCGACGUUAACACUUCGCCAGCGACAAGCACGACGACGACACACAUCGGUGCGGAAGAGGAAGGUGUCGAUCCCAUCCACGUGUCCGGUACAACCGCUAUCGAACCCGCUCGAGAAGAAGCCACACGCAACACCAAAAAGCAGGAAGACGAAGGGCAGGAGCAGGACGGUGAGUGUAAGUCAGGCGACGGUAACGCCACACCCCGAAAGCGCACCAGCGCCGACAGCAGCAGUACGUGCGGGUCAGAAAACGGCAGACGCGCGGCGGGUGGCAUCGCUGGAGGGGUAGCCGAACGGUCGGACCGGCUCGGACCAGGCGACGAGAAUCAGUUACAGCCGCCGGAGCAGGAAGGAGCCCGUUACCCAAACCAGGACACCGCCGAAACGAUGCCAGUGCGCGUGGAUAUAGUGCCGCCGCCGCCAAACAACUCCAAACAGCUCGGCGUUACCAAGUCACUUCUGUACAAUGGUUCCAAGUUUCGUGGCUCACAGAAAUCUAAAGGAAAUGCGUACGAGGUGGAGGUGGUACUGCAGCACGUCGACGAAGCGAACUCUUAUCUGUGCGGAUAUCUCAAAAUCACCGGACUUACAUUUGAAUUCCCCACCCUAACGACCUUCUUUGACGGUGAAAUCAUAUCGAAAAAGUAUCCCUUUCUAACACGUAAAUGGGACGCGGACGAAGAUGUAGAUAGAAAGCAUUUUGGAAAAUUUGCUGCCUUCAGCGAGUACCAAAAGACGUUCAACUCGGACGAUUUUGACUAUGAUGCGUUAGCGAAGAGUGACUAUGUUUUUAUGCGCUGGAAGGAACACUUUCUGGUACCUGAUCACAAGAUAAAGAACAUUAACGGAGCAUCCUUUGCCGGGUUCUAUUACAUCUGCUUCCAGAAAUCGCAAGCCGUUAUGGAAGGAUACUAUUACCAUCGCUCUUCUGAAUGGUAUCAAUCUUUAACCCUACAACACGUAGCUGAAUCAUGCAUUCAAAUCUACGAGUUUAGAUAAUUCGUUUCAUGACAGAACGAACC